AUGUCCUCAUCAGGAAAAGCUGCCAUUGCCUCCUCCUGCCUCUCCUUCGAGUGCUUCGACACCCUGACCAAGUCGUGCAUCAAGUGCUCCGACCUGUUCCAGGAGAACACAACCCCCAGGCCAGCCAGGCAGGUGAAAAGUGCUGCUGGCCUCCGUCCUCCUUCAACUUUCCCCUUCCUGACACUACCGGCAUCUCACCCCACAGCAGAGCCCACCCUGGCACCCCCCCGGGCCAGCACCUUCCUGAUCUUCGGGGUCCCGGUGGUGGUGGGGUUCGUCCUGGUUCUGGCUGCCGUCUGUGUCUUCCUGGCCUGCAAGGAGGGAAAACGAAGGAGAAAGAGAAAGGCAGCAGAUGAAGAGGACAAAGAAAACAUAGACAUCGCCAGCCCCCUGCCCAGCCAGGACUCUGCCAUGCCAGAGGGAGAGGGUGCCCUGAACCCAGCCCCAUGCCUGCAUCUUGUUGGGAGCCUGAAGAUGCCAGGGACACCCAGGAAAGCCAGGGCAAAGCAGAGGCCGUGCUGCCAGGGCGAUGCUGAUGGCGACAUUGUCCUGCUUUCCGCUGUGUACCCCCGGCCUGAGGAAUGCAACCACAGCUUCCCACUGCCGGCCACUGAGCUGGGGGCCACAGCGCUGGUCACCACCAAAACCACCCAGAACUGCGCCAGAGAGGAGAGAGUCUGAGGACAAGGGGAGAGCUGGAGAGCUCUGGCCAAUCCCUGUGGACACUGACAGCUUGUUCCUGGAUGAGUGAAGACUUCCAUGGGUGUGAGCUCCAUGAGGACCAAGAUCAGCCUUUUAAGAUGACUGUCCUUUUUGUGCUGAGCCCCAGGUUACACCUGUAAGUGCUGGAGGAAGCCAAAGUGGAUCAUGCUGAGUUACAAUGAACUGUCGACAGCUGACAUGGCUGAACCAUUGGGAGGAGGCAGAGACACAGACUGUGAGGAG